AUGGCCGCUCCGUUCAAGGUCAAAGCUCUGUAUGAGUACACGUCGCCCCAUGAGGACGACCUCAACUUUCCCAUUGGCCAGGUCAUCACCGUCACCGACGAGGAGGAUGUCGAGUGGUACGGUGGCGAAUACGUCGAUGACGAUGGCACCAAGAAGGAAGGCAUCUUCCCUCGCAACUUUGUCGAAAAGUUCGAACCUACGCCGCCUCCCCGCCCUACCCGGACACGACCGAAAAAGUCAGAGGAUGCUCCAACCCAUCCGCAACAACCCGAGCCCGAGUCAGAGAAGCCAGCGCCAGUGCCGGUGCCUGUCGCUUCCCCGACUACGUCCUCAGCCCCUCCCCCUCUCCCGAGGGAUGAGCCCGAACCUGAGCCAGAAGUAGAGGAGCAAAAAUCACCGAAGCCAAACUUGCCACCAGUGCCGGUGCCUGCCCUCGCCGCGGCCGCCGCCACAUCACCAAAGGCUCCCGCCAAAAACAUCGACCAACCCCCAAAGCCUGCCCCGCGCGAGACGCCGGCCGCGGAUUCAGCCCCGGCCCCGAAACCGAAGCCUUCCGGAACCCCGCCCGUUGCCGACAAGCCGAGCAGCAGCUCUUUCAAAGACCGCAUUGCUGCCUUCAACAAACCCUCCGCAGCCCCCAUUGCGCCUUUCAAGCCCAGUGGUCUUGGUGGUUCAAGCUUUGUCAAGAAGCCGUUCGUCCCGCCGCCCCCCAGCCGCGACGCCUACGUUCCCAUUCCACGGGAGCAGGUGACCCCAAAGAUUUAUCGCAGAUCCGAAGACCCCGAAAUCAGAGAGCAGGAGGCUCAGAACCAAGAGCAGGCCGAGAAGGCUGGACUGUUCACGUCGGAGAGCAAGCAUGAAGGCGGUGUGGAAGAAGAGGAACAGCCUAAGCCGACAAGCCUCAAGGAGCGCAUUGCCUUGCUCGCAAAGCAACAGCAGGAGCAGGCUCAGCGACACGCCGAUGCCGCCGCUAGGAAGGAUAAGCCCAAGAAACCGGCUAAGAAGAAACCAGAGGCAUCAGCGAGCGAACCCGCGGAAGAAGCGGAAGAAGCCCCUGCCGAUCUCGCGCCGCUCGAAAGAAGAGACACCGAAACCACAAUUGGCCGCACCUCACUAGAGGAGCAAGCACCUGCCCAGAUGCCGCCGCCGCCGAGGCGCAAGGCAUCUCGAGGCCCGGCUGCUGAAUCCCCUCAUGAUGGUAACGAAGCAGACAUGUCCGGGGCAGGUGAUACAACAGAGGGUCAAGAUGACACAUCGGAGCGUGAGGAAGAGGAGGAAUUAUCUAAGCGUCGUGCUUCGGAGGCUGCCCCUACCUCUCCCACUCUGACCCGCGCACCUGCGGCUAAGGACGACCAGCACAAGGCCGUCGAGGAACCGCGAGGCGGGGAGGAACAAGGCGAAGAAGAGGAAGAAGAAGAGGAAGAGGAUGAGGAUGAAGUUGAUCCCGAAGUUCGACGAAAGGAAGAGCUUCGCGCGAGGAUGGCCAAAAUGAGUGGUGGCAUGGGUUUCGCCGGCAUGUUUGGAGCUCCCAUGCCCCCUGUUGGUGGCCUACCCAAGCGAAGCAAGCCAGAGAAGGCCGCGACAGAGGAGGCAGAGCGCCGUGCGGAUGAUACACAGCGCUCUGCGCCUCCGAUCCCAACCGCCAUGGCUCUGCCCGGCAUGGGAGGUCUGAAAAAGUCACAGGAGCGCGAAGCUGAUCAGGAGGUAGCUGAGAAGUCGCUCGCCGGCCUGCCGUCUCCCCCGCCAGUCCCUAGCCGGGCGCCAGCUAUCCCCGAGCCACACGGCGCAGAGCGAGAAGAAAGCGACGACGACGACGCUACGCCCGGUCCGGCCUCUCGCUCAGACGUGCCGCGCGCUGCUCCCCCGGUUCCUGCCGGUCGCCCUGCGCCGCCCCCCGUUCCUGCAGAGCCACCACGACCACCUGUGCCAACUCCCGCACCCGCUAUCAAGUCUGCGACCGAGGGCUCCGAAUCGGACGAUGAGCUCUCUGCUGGCAGGGAUCAACCCGAAGCCGCGUUGGCGCAGUCUCCACGACUUCCGGUGCGAUCACCACCCUUGUCUCCUCGUUUUGAGGACCCUACCUCUUCAAAUAAGCGAAACAGCCGACCGCCUCCUCCUAUCCCAGGUGCCGCACCGGCCUUGCCCCCAGUCGCCAGCCGACCGCCCCCGCCACCACCUCCAGGUGGUCUUAGUCGCCAGUCGACUGCUGAUGUCCCGCCAGUUCCACCAUCUAGGCCCGUACCAGCCGGAGAUGAGCCUGGUGAGGAGAGUACCGAAUAUGAGGGUGAUUACGAUACCGACAUCGCGUCUUCGGCCCCCCACAAGGACGCACUGAAAGCUCAUGCCCGUGAUUCAAGUGUGGAUGACAGCUUGCUCCAGUCGCCUACAACAGACGUUCCUCAAAGUCGACCCCCUCCUAUCCCACCUACUUCACCCCCUCGAGCUGUCCCACCUCCGGUACCCGUGGUUGCACCGGUAGAAAGCAAGCGGCGAUCUGUCGAUGUGCCCCGCGCCGCUCCUCCGCCGCCGCCAAUCUCAGUCCCAUCUGUGGAGGAUUAUGACCCCUACAACUACACCUCUCCCACGACAGGUGGAGGCUCAAGUAAGGCCCCCAAGAUCGAGGAGGAAGCAUACUUUGCAGAUACCGCCGCAUCACCCGCUGCGACCCCCACCACUGAGCGACGCCUACAACCGCCGCCAGCUGGCCCAAGAUCUGGUGGCCGCCAGUCCAUGGAGGGUACACGAACAAGUACUAGCAAUAGGCGCUCCAUGGAUCUCCACAGACAGUCACUGGAGUCUGGAUUCAUUGCCAACGACGUUGACCUGGCAAUCCAGAGUGGCUGGUGGAAGCAGGCCAACCAGCUUCCACCUGUGCUGCAGGGGCGCCGUGAUAUCUUUUUCGAAUCGGAGGAAUCGACGACAAACAGUCAAGGGGCGAAGACGAUUGUGGCGCGAGAAAUCUUUGUAUUGUACCAAGAUUACUCACAGACGGUCCUUACUGUCAGAUUCGAUCCCUAUAACCCUGCCGAUGUUGAGCUGGACCAGAAGCACGAAGGCCCUCCCCGCACCUUGCGUCAAGAUGAAAUGGAGGACUUCCAUGAUCGAUUCGGUCGUCAGAUUGUUGAGGCCGCGACAGCCAAGAAGGACAGCGUAGUUGGCGACGGCUCGCCGCAAGGUCUGGUUCUUGAGCUGCUUCGGCCCUUGCAUGGUGCCCUGUGGCCUGUGGGAACCCGCGCGUACGGCGCCCUCGUCUACUCGAACAUGGCCAAUGCCUCCACGCAGCAGCACGACGUCAUCCGACCGGGAGACAUUGUGUCGUUCCGCAAUAGCAAGUUCCAGGGCAAGCACGGCGCGAUGCACGCCAAGUACAGCGCCGAGGUGGGUAAGCCGGACCACGUAGCCAUCGUGGCCGAAUGGGACGGCACGAAGAAGAAGCUGAGGGCCUGGGAGCAGGGCCGGGAGAACAAGAAGGUCAAGAUGGAGAGCUACAAGUUGGACGACCUGCGUAGCGGCGAGGUCAAGGUGUGGCGCGUCGUGGCGCGCAACUGGGUAGGAUGGAACAGCCAGCCUUAG